GCUGGCUUCACCAUCGAGGGUGCCCCCAGGUUUGCUUGGGUGUUGCAGAAGGAAGUGGGUACGGCCAGCCAGGACCUGGUGGACAGGAGGAAGAUGCUCGGGAGCUGUCGCGGCUGUUUUCCUGCUUGCUCGCCCGCUUGCUUCAUUCACCGCACAAUCUGCGACGGCGUUUUCCAUUAGUGAAUCAUUCCAUCUGUCCACCCUGGGCCGCGUCGCCCGCUUUCAGGGUUUCAGACAACGGACUGGCAAGCGCGGGAAGCACGCUGGCUUGUUGCACGCUAUUGCAUCCAAGUAGGUAAAAAGGCACCUACGUAUCGAUGCAUGCAUGUAUGUAUGCGCGUAAGCUUGCGCUCCAUUUGCGCAUGCGACUUGUAUUUGAAACGGCUGCGUUUGGACAUUAUCGUGUGCUUGUGCACCUCAUCCUUCGUCGAGAGCUGAUUUCGCCAAACAAGAAAAGAAGCGUGUGUCUGGGGAGGCACGAAGGAUCUCUGGGUGGAUGGAUUGCAAGGCGGGUCGAUCAAAACAAGCGUAUGCAGCUAACCCUGGCGCCACGUUGGCCGUGUCAUGCCAUUGAUCAUGUCGCUUGUGGUUUGGAUCCAGCCAGCCUGCAUCCUGAUCCAUCCAUUUCGUCCGUACACAUACGUAGUCUGGCUGUAUGCGUCGCCGCCGCCGGCGGCUUGCCGCAACGAUGCCGCAGCGAGGCCGACGACAAGCCAACAGACUAGCAAGACCAUCCGCUCACUCACUACUGCCGUGUGUGGGCGCGUGUGUCCUUUGGAGGACGGAUCAACAUGUCACCUCGAUCGGCGGUGCAUGCAUAACGUG